AUGUCUGUUGAUGGAGACUCCCCGGCCGAUCUAAGGUCCCCGGAGAACCCCCACUCCUGGCGCAUCCCUCGGCCAUUUGGAACCGGUGUUAAACGGAAGCCAAUUCAUUUUGUCCCGGCGUCCGGUGAAGAUCAGGAUGGUGAAGUGCUUCAUCAGACGGCUCGGGAGAGUCGACCAAAUCACGGAUCCUCUGUCGCAGAAUUUUAUCUCUCUCUCGUUUUACCAUCCGAACCCGGCUCAACAAAUGCAUCGUCUCCUUCCAGCAAGCCGACCCCUUCCAGUCAAUCUAAAGGUACAUCAACAUCAAAAGCGAAGCUUUUACAUGGGUCAAGUUCCGUUAUGGAAAUAUCGUCCGGAACGGCAAGAAGCAUGAUGCCAUCACGACGUGAUCAUGCCACAAACAAACCGCGCUCGAGCAAAGGAUCGAGUAUUCUUUCAGGGUCGUCUGACAGUCUAGACACACCCGAAGAGGCUGGGAUAUGUAACCCGGCUCGUUGCCUCUCGGAAGACGCCGUUGUAGGACCAGCCUCGGCCGUUGUGGAACACCCGAUCGAGACAUCGACGGUAGUAGUCGACGAGAUCUGCUCAACAUGCAAUUCUCGUGUAACGGAUUGGGAGUCUCAUGUUCGAACGACGGCCCACAUGUUCAGUUUAGAACAUUCCAAACCCCCCCAUCAUUUGAAUCGUCAAUCAGAAGGAUACAAACACAUGGUAAAGCUAGGUUGGAAUCCAGACGGUUGCGAAGGCCUCGGUGCGGAAAGACAGGGUAUCCGAUUCCCUGUUAAAGCCACUUCAAAGAAUGAUAACUUGGGAAUCGGUGCGAAACCCUCGAAAUCGAUAAGGGAUAAUGCAGACAGCGUUUCAGACCCAAAUCCCAAGAGACCGCGACUGCUCACAGCAAAGCAAAUGCAGCGCCUCGAGAAGGCCGAACGAGCCGCCAGGCAGGAUCUGCACGACUAUCUCCGACACUAA